GCCUCGGUGAUUGGAGGAAAAAAAAAAAAGAGAAACAAGAUCUAGAGAGAUGGAACAAGAACUCGAGAACCUCAUCAAGGUUUGGUUUUCUGCAAUCAUCUCAGUAUCUUAUUGUUACUACAUAUCAACCAGAAUCAAAGCUGGAGUAUUCCGUUUACUCUCUGUUCUUCCAGUUUGUGUUCUGUUUCUCCUUCUACCUCUGUUUUUCUCCUCUGUUCACUUCUCUGAAUCGACAGCGUUCUUCCUCACAUGGCUCGCCAAUUUCAAACUCAUCCUCUUCUCUUUCGACAAAGGUCCUCUUUACCCACUUCCCCAAACCCUCUCCCGGUUCAUCUACUUCACUUGCUUCCCCAUCAAGCCUCAACAAAGCCCUAAGUCUCAUGACCAGAUCCCUAAAUGGGUUUUCGCCAUUAAAGUUGUUGUAUUUGGUGUGUUGUUACGUAUGUAUGAUUACAAACAACACUUGUCUCCGACUAUGCUGUUGGUUAUGUACUCUCUGCAUAUAUAUUUGGAACUUGAGAUUGUCUUAAUGCUCGUCAAAGUCUUGGUCUUGAUUACUCUUGGAUGCGAUCUAGAGCCACAGUCCAAUGAGCCAUACUUAGCCACUUCCCUUCAAGAUUUCUGGGGUCGCCGGUGGAACCUCAUGGUCCCGGCGAUCCUCCGGCCAGCUGUUUACAACCCGGUGCAGCGAAUAGCCGAAAGGACAAUGAGCUCUGAUCAGGCUAGGUUUUUGGCGGUUUUUGCGACGUUCAUUGUCUCCGGUGCAGUUCACGAGCUGAUCUUCUUUUAUGUCACCCACGAGAUGCCUACAGGAGAGGUCACUUGGUUCUUUCUGUUGCAUGGAGUUUGCACGGCGGCGGAAGUAGCGGUGAAGAAGAUGACGUUUGUGCGGCGUUGGACGUUGGGUCCUAUGGCUUCACGACUGCUCACGGUAGGGUUUGUAGUUUUGACGAGUGGUUGGUUGUUUUUCCCACCUCUUAUAAGAAAUGGCAUGUUUGUUAGACUCCCUAACGAAGCUUUGUUGUUCAUUGAUUUUGUCAAGGACAAGUUUUUUACUUUUAUGUCAUGAUUCAUGGAUUAUCAAAUCAUAUCAAUGUGGAAUUUCAGAAUAACUCACAUGGUGAUUAGUAGAUCAUCUACUGUAGUAUGUAGAAAUAGUUUUUCCACAUCAAAAGUUAUUCUAUUACUCGAGGUGGUGUGAGAAUUGACAUCGAAAUAGAACAACCAACAAAAUCUAAAUGUUUAUGAAAAUUUUGUGCAAUCUUGGCUAACGAGCCCGCUGUCUGGUUUUGCGUCCUUGGAAAAUGU